AUGGAAGAAAAGGAGUAUGUUCUGGUGGAAGCCAAGGAUUUUUAUAAGAGAUAUAGUGCACGAGCGUUGUCACCAGAGAUUGUGGAGGUAGAAGAGGAGAUAGAAGAGGAGAUAGAAGAGGAGAUAGAAGAGGAGAGCAGGAGUUGUAGUACCGCUGCGGGCGGCACUAGCUGUGAGAAUGUGAAGGUAGAUAGAGUUCUCAAGGAUGUAUAUGUUGCUGUUGGUAAAGAUGACACAGAUGUUCUGAAAUGGACGCUUGAUAAUGCUGUUUCCCCUGGCACUCGGGUUUUUCUAGUCCAUGUCUUCGCUCCAAUCACCUACAUUCCUACACCAGUUGGAAGAUUAGCAAAGAGCCAAUUGACUGAAGAUCAAGUGAGAUUACACAUGAAUGAAGAGAGUAACAAGAGGAGGAACCUGUUGCAGAAAUAUGUGAGCUUGUGCAAUGAUGCUAAGGUAACAGUGGAGACAAUGCUCCUUGAUAGCAAGGACACAGCAAAAGCAAUUCUUGAUCUCAUUCCUGUUCUUAGCAUCAUCCACCUUGUCAUAGGAACCAAAAGACCACCUCACUCAAGGCGAGUGCGGGAAAAAUUGUCAUUAGGAGAGUUUGUUAGGAAGAAUGCGCCGGACUUUUGUGAGGUUAGCAUUGUUCAUGAAGGCAAGAAGGUGGAGGCCGAUCAGCAAGUAAAUGACCAGAUCAUGCCGGCAAAUACUAGCCACCCUGAAAGAAGCUUCUGCGCAUGCUUUCCAGGCAAUGCGCUGGAAGAGCAAGAUUUCUUAAGCAGCAGCAACAGCAAAAGCAGCGACAGAGAUGAUCAAACAAACUCAGCUAUGCACUGUGGAAAAUGGGAGGGCCAAAGACUCAAGUUUAUGACAGAGAUGAACAAGCUGAAGAUGCAGAACAGGACCUGUUAG